AUGGCCGAGCCCGCGACGCCGCAGAGCAUCUACGAGUUUACCAUCGGGUCAGGCCGAGGCAACCCUGUAGUUUUUCUUGACAUUGCGAUCGGGAACGACCCGCUGCGACGCCUCCGCUUCGAGCUGUUUUACCAGCAGUUGCCGCUGACAACCACCAACUUUCGUCAGCUCUGCACCGGCGAGAAGGGCUCGGCUUCCCGCACCAAGUGGCUGUGGUACAAGGGUUGCUCCAUCCACCGCGUUGUGCCAGGCUUCAUGAUGCAAGGCGGUGACAUCACCCACGGCAACGGCAUUGGUGGCACGGCUGCGUCCGGACGCAACUUUGACGACGAACACGUGCCCGGUGCGCUCUCGAUGGCCCACCAAGCCAACUGCAACAAGUCGCAGUUUUUUGUGUGCUUCAACCACUUGAGCUGGCUCGAUGGUCGCCACGUCGUCUUCGGGCAGCUCAUUGCGGAAGACAUGGUGUUCCUCAAGGACUUUGACGAAGUCGGGACCUCCUCCGGACUGCCGCUCAAGCCAAUUCUCAUUCAAAAUGCCGGGCAGCUCUGCGGGAAGGACCUCGCCAACGCCCCAGAUGUCGACGAGUCACAUGACGACGAGUAA